AUGAUUGAUGCAUGCAAGUUGUUCUUCUUGGCUGGCCAAGAGACCACCUCAGUGGCGCUAACAUGGACACUGGUUUUGUUAGCCAAGCACCAAGACUGGCAAACACAAGCACGAGAAGAAGUACUUGCUACGUUUGGAAUGAAAACUCCAGACUUUGAUGGCAUACAUAAUCGCCUUAAGAUUGUGACAUCGAUACUCUAUGAGGUGCUAAGGUUGUACCCGCAAGUCCCUGCAACAUCACGGAGAGUUCAUGAUCGCGACACAAAACUAGGAGAUUUGGUAAUACCACAAGGGGUAGGAGUUUCAUUCUCCAUAAUUCAUGCUCACUUGAACCUUGAAAUAUGGGGAGAUAAUGCCAAAGAAUUCAAGCCUGAAAGGUUUGCAGAAGGGAUUGCAAAGGCAACUAAAGGGAAUAACUCAUACUUCCCCUUUGGUUGGGGUCCUAGGAUUUGCAUUGGCCAAAACUUUGCACUAGUUGAGGCAAAAAUGGCAUUGUCUAUGAUUUUACAACGUUUCUCUUUCGAGCUUUCACCGUCCUACAUCCAUGUUCCAACUAGUCUUUUAGCCCUUCAACCCCAGCAUGGUGCUCAUCUCAUUUUACAUCGACAUUAAGCUUAAUUUGUAUGCAAGUAUUU